AUGGCAGCUGCUACCACAUCCGCUGCGGCCCAAGCGCCUGCACCCAUCGAUUAUUCCAAGGCCACCGAUGGCACUGGCGUCAUUGCGCUUGAUCCAUGGUUGGAGCCCUUCGCACCUGCUCUGCGCGAGCGAUAUGGCGUCUACGCGGACUGGGUCAAGAGGAUCAACGCUUCCGAAGGCGGCCUUGAAGCCUUCUCGCGCUCCUACCGCAAGAUGGGCUUCCAGAUCGACCCCACCACGCAAGCCGUCACCUACACCGAAUGGGCACCCAACGCAGUGCAAGCUUCGCUUGUCGGCGACUUCAACAACUGGUCUCGCGAUGCACACCCGAUGUCCAAGGACGACUUUGGAAAGUGGCACAUCACCAUUCCACCGUUGGCAAAGGGGCAGUGCGCCAUCCCGCACGACUCCAAGAUCAAGGUCUCGUUCGUACUACCCUCGGGUGAACGCAUCGAGCGUCUGCCUGCAUGGAUCCUGCGAGUGACGCAGGACCUCAAUGUUUCGCCUGUCUACGAUGCUCGUUUCUGGAAUCCUGCCAAGCAAGAUCGCUACACGAUGCGCUUCCCCAAACCACCCAAGCCGGACAACAUUAAAGUGUACGAAGCGCACGUUGGCAUCGCUACUCCCGAAGCGCGAGUGGGUCAGUUCAAAGAGUUUACCAAAAACGUGCUGCCACGCAUCAAGGAGCUCGGCUACAACACGAUCCAGCUCAUGGCGAUUCAGGAGCACGCCUACUACGCGUCAUUCGGGUACCAGGUCACCAACUUUUUCGCUGCCAGCAGCCGGUAUGGCAACCCGGAAGACCUCAAGGAAUUGAUCGACGUAGCGCACUCGCUCGGUAUCACAGUUCUGCUCGACAUUGUGCACUCGCACGCGUGCAAAAAUGUGCUCGACGGUCUCAACAUGUUCGACGGUACCGACCACCUCUACUUCCACGAAGGCGGCAAGGGACGCCACGAACUUUGGGACUCGCGCCUGUUCAACUAUGGUCACCACGAGGUGCUGCGCUUCCUGCUGAGUAACUGCCUCUUCUGGAUGGAGGAGUACGGCUUUGACGGUUUCAGGUUUGACGGCGUCACCUCGAUGCUGUAUACGCAUCACGGGAUCGGCACGGGAUUCAGCGGUGGCUACCACGAAUAUUUUGGACCUUCGGUUGACGUAGAGGCGGUCGUCUAUCUGAUGCUCGCCAACCAGAUGAUUCACGAGUACAACCCGAAAGCGAUCACAAUCGCUGAGGACGUUUCGGGGAUGCCUGCACUGUGCCGACCUGUCUCGGAAGGCGGUGUGGGUUUUGACUAUCGCCUGUCGAUGGCUGUGCCGGACAUGUGGAUCAAGCUGCUCAAGGAAACGUCGGACGAAGACUGGGAUUUCGGCAACAUCUGCUUCACGCUCACCAAUCGACGACAUUUGGAAAAGUCGAUCGCAUACGCUGAAUCGCACGACCAGGCGCUCGUGGGGGACAAAACGUUGGCGUUUUGGUUGAUGGACAAGGAGAUGUAUACCAACAUGUCAGACCUCACCGAACGCACGCAGGUGAUUGAUCGCGGCUUGGCGUUGCACAAGAUGAUUCGUCUGAUCACGCAUGCGCUCGGCGGCGAGGGGUAUCUCAACUUUAUCGGCAACGAAUUUGGACAUCCGGAAUGGCUUGAUUUUCCUCGCGAGGGCAAUGGCAACUCGUUCCACUACGCACGUCGUCAAUUCAACCUGGUCGACGACCAGCUGCUCCGGUACAAGUACCUGUACGCGUUUGACGCUGCCAUGAACAAGGCGGAGGAAAAAUACAAGUGGCUUGCCGCUCCUCAAGCGUACAUAUCCUUGAAGCACGACUCGGAUCGCGUUGUUGCGUUUGAACGUGCCGGUCUGCUGUUUGUCUUUAACUGGCAUGCCGAUAAGUCGUACACUGAUUAUCGCAUCGGUGUCGACGUGCCCGGCAAGUAUAGGGUGCUCCUCGAUACCGACCAGGCCAGCUUGGGCGGCCACGCGAGGCUCGACCAUGCCACCGAGUACUUCUCUACCGACAUGGCGUGGAAUGGCAGGAGCAAUUUCGUGCAGUUGUACCUACCUAGCAGAAGUGCCAUUGUCCUCUACAGGGCCGGUUGA